ACUUCCGCCACUUGGCCCCGCCCCCUUGACGUAACUUCCUGUAAACAAACCAUCUCGACCUUCGCAAGAGCUUUGUGUAAUUUGUCUUGGUCCCAACCACGUCGCUUGCCGCUUUUUCACUUCCGGGACGAUGGCGCAGUCCGGGGUGGUCCUGGACAAGGACCAGUUCACCUGCUCGGUGUGUCUGGACGUCCUGCGGGAGCCUGUGACCAUCCCGUGCGGCCACAGCUACUGCUCCGACUGCAUCCGCACCUACUGGGACCAGGACGACAACCUCGGGGUGUUCAUGUGCCCCCAGUGCCGAAAGACCUUCAACCCGAGGCCAGACCUCGCCCGCAACACCUUGCUAGCCGACGUGGUGGAUCGAUUCAAGCACAGCGGACUCCUGGAGGUCCCGGGGGACGGAGUGAGGCAACAACAACAACAACAAAGGCUGGCGCAGGCCGACGACGUGGAGUGUGACGUGUGCCCCGGGAGGAAGAACAAGGCGGUCAGCUCGUGCCUGGUGUGCCUGGCGUCGUACUGCGAACUGCACGUGCGGCCGCACCACGACUCGGCCGUGUUCAAGAAGCACAAGCUGGUGUCGGCCUCCAAGAGGCUCCAGGAGAGCGUGUGCCCGCGUCACGACAAGCUGCUGGAGGUCUACUGCCGCACGGACAAGCGGUGCAUCUGCUCCAUGUGUCUGACCGAUGAACACAAGGGACACGACACAGUCAUGGCGGAGGUGGAAACACAACUGCAGCAGAGACAGCUCGCUGAGAUGAAGCUGAGCUCUCAGCAAAGCAUCAAGCAGCGAGAGAAGGAAACUCAGGAGCUGAGACAAGCCAUCUUCUCGAUCAAUCGGUCAGCUCGGCUGGCGGCGGAGACGAGCGAAAGCGUCUUCACCGACCUUCUCCGCUGCGUGGAGCUAAAGCGUUUCGAGGUGCGCGAGCUGAUCAAGGCCCAGCAGAAGUUGGUGGAGAGUCAGGGCGAGCAGCUGCUGGAGAGGAUCCACAAGGAGAUCGCCGAGCAGAAGAAGCGGGAGGCCGAGCUGGACCGGCUGGCCUUCGCCGACGACCACCUGCACUUCCUCCGGAGUUGCCAGGCGCUGGACACCCUUCCGCCAGUGUCGUCGACUCUGCCCGCUGUCACCGUGGAGCCCGGCUUGACAUUUGACUCCGCGACGAAAGCCGUGUGCGAUUUUAAAGCGCUGCUGCAAGAGGUCUGCCAGGGAGGAUUCGUCAGCAUCUAUGAGAAAGUGAGAGAAGUGGUGAUCGUUGCUCCCCCCGACUCGCCCGUCCACACCGACGUGACCGACCUCCAGCCUGCUGUACAAAUGGAGGAGACAGGGAUCCUGUCAGUCGGCCUGGACCAAAGCCCCGUGAGCCCCCUCAACCCUUUCUUGAGCCCAGGACCUUUUGUGCCCACGUUUGCCUUUUCGCCUUUUGGUUGGCGCCAGAGUGUCAUCAGGCUCCAGACAGAGACACCUUCAACGCCGCAGUCACCCCAGAAAGAAAUAGGACUGGACAUUAAUUCACGCAUUAUUCAUUUCACAUGCAAAACCUUGAACAUCCAGCUGCAGUAUUCUUCCCUCUUAACACACCUCUCAACUAUACUUUUAUUUUUUUCUGGAUUACAAACCUGGGAACUAUUUACUUUUUUGCCACGACCUUCUCUCACACAUUCACACAACCGCGUACAAACCCUGUUAAAGUUUGAAUAACGAUACUUUUAUUUGACUUCUUCAGUUUUCAUUACUGGACUGAAAUGAGUAUAAUAGUGAAAGCAGAACUGACUUGGAACUCAGUUCGGUUGUACUUUUUACAAAAAUAUGAUUUUUAUGUUUCCUUUUUAAUUAAGCUUAUUCAUACACAUGUAAUAUAUUAUUUUGGUUUGUGUCAUACCACCAUUAAAAAAGAGAUUUGUGAA